AUGUUGGUUGCCUUCACCAACGUGUCACAGAAAAAUAACGGCAUGCUUAUGUUUCCAAACAAGUCCUUUAGAGACGGAACUGCUCUCAGGGUUACCCAAGCCCCAACAGUUCCAGCUAAGAAUCGUCGAAAUCCUUGGCAGGCCUUGAUGCUAGGGCCUGCCGUUAAAAAAUAUUGCUUUACCUAUUGUGUCUCAUGGCCUUGCACUCGCUUUCAUGAAUCUGCCAUGCAACCAGACUGUUCCUCGUUUCGCCUUCUCUUCUCUCACCCUCGAGCUCCUUUUCCUAUUGAAAACUAUCAUCCAUCAUGGGUUCCUGAUUUGGAUUCCCCCCUAUGCUUUGUUUGUUCAUCAGCCUCGUAUUCUGUCCUUCUCCCGUUGUCAGUUCGGGCUUUACCCAGGGGUGUCUACUCUGUUUGGGCUUCAUCUCUUAGCCAUCUUGAAAUCUCCUGUGCCACUAGUUUCUCUAGUAGGGUUGUCGCCCUCUUGCAUCUUCCCCAAGACAACCAGGAUCCCUGUUUAAGGAAUCGCUUAACAUCAUUGAGAUGGAACAACUGGAAUAAGCAAAUCCCUGGUUCCGCUUCUUUAAUAGCAACCCCUCUGCUAGGGUACAUGAUUUCUGCCAUACGGUCCUUCAUUAUGUGUGCUCUUAUGGGUUUAUAUGUCAGGAACCUCCCGACCAGACACAGGGACCGUUCACACCAGUACCCUUCUGUUCUUCAAUAUGGAUCUCCAUCUCACCUUCGUCUUCGUCCAUUCCUACAGCCUGUAAAUGUGUUGCCGUACCCUCGAUAUCGUUAG